UUCCUUUUUUUUUUCCAACUCCCCUUUAUCAUCGGGAAUGUGAGUGAGUUUGUAGCUAGCAUAGACGCUAAUUGUUAUCGUUCCUUUUUCACGUCGUACGCACGAACCGUUUUAAUUUUCUCGUACAAAUUGUGCGUCUCAUUCACUGCGGGAUAAAAGCUAACAUCGAAGGUGAAGCGUGCUGACCCAUUGUUGUGAAUUCACGCCUUUCCAUCAUCAGUUCCGCCUGCCAGGUGAGCGAGUUUAACAAAGGUGUCAUAAAUUAAUGUCCAUGGAGUAGCACUUCUGUAAAAAUUUGAAAACAAAGAAAGAAAAGGAAGAGUCAGAAGAAUUCCCCCAGAUGUCCAAAGCCUGUAGUCAUGUCCAUUGAAUACACCAUUGAUAUCCAGCUAACAGAGUUGGGGUUUCCGGACAUCCUGCAGCCGCAGGAGAGCUCUGUCAGAGAAACACCCAGCCACCGUGGCUCCACAUCUGAUGAAUCAUUCUCAUCCAGUUUGUCUGCCACUUCACUUUCAGCCACACGCAAACAAAGCCUGCUUGUUAAAGGCCAGCAGUCAGCUGAUGGAGAAGAAGCAGGUGCAGCAAAACAAACCUCAAAUAUUCCCCAUCCCACGUUGGAUUCAGUAUUACCUCUGUCAGAUAAAUUACCUUGUAAACCUAUAAAUCCUGCACAAAGUAUGCAGGAUGAACAAACUGUCAGAGAACCUGCAUUAGGUGAACUAUCAGAGGCCCCUUUACAUGAUCCCACCUCCAGCCAAGAAACCACAGACAGCCCACUGCUAAUAACUGAAGAAAGACAGAAGGAUGUCAGCGACAAAGCACAGCUGGAUUCAGCAGAGAUGGUGCAGGAUGAGGAGGAUGAUUCAGAUGACAGUGAAGUUUCAGGGGUGUAUGAGGAAGAGGAGUUUGAUGAGGAAGAGGAUUAUGAGGAAGAGGAGGAGCAAAACAAUGAGUUGAGUCCUUCGGGUGACUACCACUGCAUCAUCUGUGAUCUCAAGUUGUCCUCCAAACUUAAGCUCCUGGACCACAUGAACAUGCACACCGGAGCACGUCCAUACGGCUGCGCUGAAUGUGGGAAGCGCUUCUGCCAGAUUUACAACUACCGUGUCCACCUGCGCACGCACGCCCAGGCAAAAGUGGAUCGUCUUCUGUGCCGCAUCUGUAGGAAGGGUUUUACAUCACAGGAGGAUCUGAAGGACCACCUGUCGAAAACUCAUUUUGAGGAUGAGUUUUAUGAGUGUGACUUGUGCAAGCGUGUGUUUACUUCCCUGAAAGUGUGUGAAUAUCACGUGAAGUUACACAAGUGCAUGCUGGAUGUUGUUUGUGAAGUAUGUGGCCGCAAUUUCUCCUCUCCGAAGUCUCUCGCUCGCCACCGGAAGAAGAUGUGCCAUCGGAGUUUAAAAUGCACAGACUGCACAAAAACCUUUACCAAGAAAAAUGCUCUCCUGAAGCACAGCUUCUCUCAUCUGGGUUUGCUGCCUUAUACCUGUGUACGAUGCCGCUGCCACUUCCGCCUGGCGAAGCUGUACCGUCAACACAAGUGUAUACCUGAUAGAGUUCAUUGUGUGGCAUGCCUACGAGAGUUUCCUAGUCAGGAGGACUUCCAGCAGCACAAAAAGGACACAGGCUGCUGGGGAAAUCAGGAGCCUAAAGGGGAUGAGAUCAGGUGUUUGGAGUGUGGACAGAGGUUUGACACCUCCGAGGAGCUGAAAAAACAUGCUGGGGCUCACCAGAGGGUGCUGAAAUGUGCUGAAUGUGGUAAGGGGUUCCGGUCUGCCUUGCUGUUAAUGUCCCACAUGGGCGGCCAUGCUGGCAAUUCACCCUGCCUUUGUCAGAGGUGUGGACUGGGCUUUCCCCACCAGCAGAACUAUGAUGGCCACCUAAAGACCUGCGGACAAACACCUCAGCAUACAAGUGCUCCCUCCAAACGUCAGGUCUCAAAGAGUUCGCCGUCUGAGACACAAACACUCAGUACAAAACCAGACUCGACAAAUCCAGCAAAUCCAGUCACGCUGCCUGCUGCUGUUUUAAACAGCCCUACUGCACCUGUUAUAGAGUCUCCUAGCCCAGGGCCUGUGACGGGGAGUGUGUCCCCUGACUCUGGCCCAUCACAUGGGGUAUGGAAGCUAACCCUAGACAAACAGCCACCUCCUGGUGCUACACUUGUCUUGUUUCUUCCAGUCUGUCCAUCUCAAAAUGAUGGCAUGACACUGCCUUCUUUUGAAGUCUCACUAAAACCCACUGUGGAUUUGGUAACUGAGAUUACACAGGAUCCAGAAUGUGAAGCACCUCUGGAUUUGUCUCAAAAGUCUAAGCCGUCAGAGUCUGCUCUGAGUAACAUUCCUCUUCUUCCUAUUAAAAGAGAGCCAGAAGAAUUUGAAAUCUCAGGAGAGGCUAAUGGCACUGAAGGAGAAGAAUUUAAAUAUAGUGGUAGCAAAGCCAUCAUUAAAGCAAACCUAGGAGAAAAAGAUAAAUAUGCCGAUCCUUUGGAUCUCACAACUUUCAGUAAAACAGCCUCUGGACAAAAAAUGGAUAUUAAGAAAGAGCCUUUGUCUCAUGGCUCUGAUUUUGAUUUACAUUCAUCCACCUCCUGCCAGCUGCUUGACUGUAGGCUAGAGGAGGAAAUGAAGAUGGAGGUUGAUAUUUCACACCCUGCCUGUGCUGAUACAGAGAAAUGAAAUAUGGGGGGGGCAGGAAAAAGAAACGUAAAAUUCUCUCUGUUGACACAUUCCCACCUUGCAAAGGACACAGUAACUGUUCUGCUUUACCUGUUGCCAUGUAAAGCAAAACUGGAGGUGAUGGUACAGUAGUUGGAACAAUACUAAUGAAUAUUGUAUAUACUGUAUUUCUGUCUAAUUGGUACUCCAUAUCUACCAACAUACGGUUAAAUGACAAGGCAGAAUUUUCCACAAGUACGAGCAGACUCUCUCUUUGUUUUUUGUCUUAGAGUAAGAAAGAUUCUGUAUUAACAUUAAGGAGAGUUUUGUUUGCUUUGUAAUUUCAAACAUUCCAAGCUCUUCUUACGCUAUUUAUUUCACUUGCUUUUGGGUACAGCUUGUGACUUGGGCCACCAGAGCAAAAAUGGUACUGUAAUAGUCAUGAAUUCUAUGCAAUAUUUUGCAGUGUUUCCCACAGCAUUAAGAAUUUUCCUGAUUUCUACUCUUUAUGUUUGUGUGGGGAAAAUUGAAUCCUUAAGUUUAUUCAUUCUUGUUAUGUUUAAUAAAAGCACUGGAUUGCAUACUAUUCAGUAUAAAACUUGAAAUGAUGUGCAUACACACUUGACCUUUGAUACUAGAUUAAAUUGUAUUGUAUCAUUUUAAAUAAUGUUACCCAACAUUAUGAUCCACAUUUGCUGAGUCUUUACAGUCUACAGGUAUCUUUUGGUGUUUUUCUAAGACAAA